AUGGAUGCCUGCAUGGGUGGUAAGAAGAUGAUAGCGAUUUGUAAUGAACGGCUGCGGUUAGCCAAUUAUACCAUCGGCGUGGUGUUCACGAUGAUCUUAAUUAGUGGUAGUAUGGUGGCUGGCGUGGGAUUUGGGAAGUCAGCAGCAGUGCCGGUUCCGGCAAUGUUUGCAUUCGGGGACUCGCUCAUUGAUGUUGGCAACAACAACUUUUUAAGUUCCUUCGCUAAAUCCAAUUAUUUUCCUUAUGGCAUCGAUUUCCGGGGAGGCCCCUCCGGCAGAUUCACCAAUGGAAGAACUUCCGUUGAUAUGCUUGGAAAUUUGCUGGAUCUUCCUUAUGCUCCAGCCUUCGCAGAUCCUAAUGCAAAAGGGAGCAACAUACUCAGGGGAGUCAAUUAUGCUUCAGCAGCUGCUGGCAUACUCGAUGAGACAGGUCGACAAUACGGAGAUCGGUAUGCCCUAAGCCAGCAAGUGUUGAAUUUCGAGAGCACCUUGAAUCAGUUGAGAACAAUGAUGGGAGGAACUAACCUGACCCAGUACCUGGCUAAGUCGAUUGCUAUUUUGGUGUUUGGGAGCAAUGAUUACCUCAACAACUAUCUAAUGCCCUGCCUCUAUUCCUCCAGUUACACUUACACUCCUCCAGCCUUUGCUAACCUCCUCCUUAAUCGCUAUGCCACAGAGAUUCUGGCUUUGCAUAGUCUUGGAUUGAGGAAGUUUGUGCUGGUAGGAAUUGGCCCCUUGGGUUGCAUUCCUAACCAAAGAGCAUCUGGUAAGGCUCCGCCAGGAAGAUGUGUUGACAAUGUCAAUCAGAUCAUUGGAAGCUUCAAUCAAGGGCUCAGAUCGCUCGUUACCCAACUUAACAGCAACCAUCCUGGUGCAAUCUUUGUGUACGGCAAUGCUUAUGGUGCUUUUGGUGACAUUCUGAAUAAUCCUGCACCCUAUGGUUUGAGUGUGAUUGAUAGGGCUUGCUGUGGAAUUGGGAGGAACCAAGGGCAGAUAACAUGCCUACCAUUUGCAGUUCCAUGCUCAAAUAGAAAUCAAUAUAUGUUUUGGGAUGCUUUCCACCCAACUGAAGCUGCAAACGCAGUCCUUGCUUGGCGGGCUUUUAAUGGGCCAACCUCUUAUAGUUACCCUAUCAAUGUCCAACAACUGUCUCUCAUAUAA